GGAGGCGGAGGCCAUGGCCACCAGAGAAGGAAGAGGGGAGGCCGUGGCAGCUAGAGAAGGAGGAGCGGAGGCCAUGGCCACCAAAGAAGGAGAAGGAGAGGCCAUGGCAGCCAGAGAAGGAGGAGUAGAGACCACGGCAGCCAGAGAAGGAGGAGCGGAGGUCAUGGCCACCAAAGAAAGAGGAGGAGAGGCCGUGGCCACCAGAGAAUGGGGCUGGCUCCUCAGAGACAGAGGAGUGGAGGCCAUGACUGCCAGAGAAAAUGAAGGGGAUGCCAUGGCCUCCAGAGAGGGAGGAGUGGAGGCCGUGGCCACCAGAGAAGGAGGAGCAGAGGCCAUGACUGCCAGAGAAGAGGAGUGGAGGCCAUGGCCACCAGAGAAGGAGGAGAGGAGGCCGUGGCCACCAGAGAAGGAGGAGCGGAGGCCGUGGCCACCAGAGAAGGAAGAGGGGAGGCUGUGGCCACCAGAGAAGGAGGAGUGGAGGCCAUGGCCACCAGAGAAGGCUGCCCCUCAGAGAUGGAGGAGAGGAGGUGCCAGGCUUCAAGCAUCCUGCUUUGGUGAAGCAGCUGCCACCUACGUCUCCAGCCCGAGCCUGACCUCGCUUCCUGGCCCCCACCACUGGCUCACCCCCAGCCCUAGCCACUUCCCCAGGUCUGUCUCCAGCACCCACUACCCUGCCAGCCUGGACGUUGCCUUUGGGGACCCUUGCAGCCCCCAGGGCGGAAGGCCUCCUAUUCUGAAGCUGUCUAGGGCCAGUCCCAGGCCAGACUCCCACCCAGGGAGCUCCAGCCCAGCAGAACUAGAGGCGGAACAAGGGGUGCUUGGUGGGGAGGCUGGGCAGAGCAGGGUGGGGUCCCCAGGGCUCUCCCCUCACGCACUGUCCACUGUUCACAUGAGGAUGGAACCUACCUUCUCCAAGCAACUGCAGACAGACAGUGGACAUGAGGACAGGAAAAUCUCUGCAGACCAGGAGAACAGUCAGGACGAGGGCUGGACCAUGAGGAGGGACAGGUCAGCCUCAGAAGGCUCUGAACUCCAGGGCACAGGGUGGCCCUGAUGACCCUGCCCAGAGACACACUGGGACGGGGCAGAACCCUGCACCCGGACAGAGGAGCACUGGCGCUGCCAUCCAACCCACUCCAGGUUCAGGUGGGCACUCAGGAAGGCGCGGAGCCCCAUUUCCUGCAUGACUCCACCCGGGUUGACAGUGGAGGGACUUUCCGCAUGCUGAAGGCAGACCCCAGGGUCUCGGGCCACUGUCCUGAGCAUCGCCCCUCAUGGGUGCCAUGCUGGUGGCUGCUUCUACCCUACUCUGGCCUCCAGGGCAGGUUCUCCCCUUCAGAGCUGUGACCCCAAAGUGAGCCCAAGAGCUUCCCCUCGGGGAGCUGGAACAUCUAACUGACCUGGGCCUGCAUGUGGGAUGGAAACAGGUGGCCUAGCGUGGGGCAUCUCCACUCUACAGCUCCUCACCUAUAGGUGCCCCGGGAGCAAACACCUGUGCAAGAGUGAACAAAAGACACGGUAAAUCUGCUCCUCGCCCUCUCUGGGAAGCAGAGGGUCUUCCCUGUCCCACCCCACUCAAGGGAUCCGCUGCUAAACGUUCAAGGAUGUGGAAGGCCAGUCAUUAAACACAGCCACUGUGAACAAACCACAGAAAUUUGUACUUAAAUAAAUCUUAAUAAAAUAGGUACUUAAUAAAAUAGGUACUUAAAUAUC